CUAAUUAAUUAAGCAAGCAUUAUACUCACACUACAGAAACCAACUCUCUCUCUCUCUCCCUCUCUCUCUCUCAACUACUUGUGCUAGCUUAAUCUCUUGCUUUAAUCAGAUCCAUGGCAAUCCCAGUUAUUGAUUUCUCAAAGCUUGGUGGUGAAGAAAGGGCCCAAACAUUGGCUCAGCUUGCUAAUGGAUGUGAGGAAUGGGGCUUCUUCCAGCUGGUGAACCAUGGAAUUUCAGAUGAGCUUCUGGAGAGGGUGAAGAAGGUGAGCUCUGAGUGCUUUAAACUGGAAAGAGAGGAGGAAUUCAAGAAGUCUGCACUUGUGAAGUCGUUGAAUGGCCAAAAGUUGGAGAAUGUGGACUGGGAGGAUGUCUUCACCCUCCUGGAUGAUAAUGAAUGGCCCUCGAAAACCCCCGGAUUCAAGGAAACCAUGACAGAAUACAGGACAGAACUGAAGAAACUAGCUGAGAGGAUCAUGGAAGUCAUGGAUGAGAACUUGGGCUUACCAAGGGGAUACAUCAAGAAAGCAUUCAAUGGUGGAGAAGAAGACAAUGCCUUCUUUGGCACCAAGGUGAGCCACUACCCACCAUGCCCUCAGCCAGAGUUGGUGACUGGUCUCCGAGCUCACACCGAUGCCGGGGGUGUCAUCUUACUCUUCCAAGAUGACCAGGUGGGAGGCCUUCAAAUCCUCAAAGAUGGGCAAUGGAUAGAUGUGCAGCCAUUGCACAACUCCAUUGUCAUUAACACAGGGGACCAGAUUGAGGUCCUGAGCAAUGGCCUCUACAAGAGUGUUUGGCACCGGGUUUUAGCCACCCCAACUGGAAACAGAAGAUCAAUUGCUUCAUUCUAUAACCCAUCACUCAAGGCCACCAUAGCUCCUGCACCACUACUGGUGGAGAAAGCAAACCAAGAAGUGGAUCAAGCAUAUCCGAAGUUUGUGUUUGGUGACUACCUCUCUAUUUAUGCUGAGCAGAAGUUCCUCCCCAAGGAACCAAGGUUCCAAUCUGUGAGGGCCGUGUGAGAAAUUAUAGGACUCAUAUG